GUCCGUGCACCGCCGGGGCUCGUCCCGAGAGGCUGAGGGAGUUGUUGGCCUGGGGAGCGCUGGGAGCGGGAGCGGGGCUCGGGAGCAGCGCCCGGGGUCAUUUCCCUGUUCUCAUCGCAGACCCAGCGGUACAAACACGAAACAGAAACCUCCAGGUUGAUGUUGUUGUGAGGAGUUUGCGGAGCUGUCAGGAAGGCGGGGAAAAGCCGAGCGCUCUUGCUCAGCCGGGGGUGUUGCAGUCCAGGAAUUCCCUCAGCGCCGGGGGGAUCUGAUUGCAGAGCCCUGGAACGAGGAAACCACGCUUUUGCUUAUUUUUGGUGCAGGAAAUGUGUGUCCCAGGCCCCUGGGGUGCUGGCAUUGGUUUUUCAGCUCUUUGUUGGUUUGGCUGUUGGUUUUUUUUCCUUAAAUUAGUUUAUUUAUCUUGUUUUAGUUUUUGGGCUGUGGGUGUUUUGCCCAAUCACAGUGUGCAGAAUGUGGUCAAUUUCUUUGUGAUUUAGCAAUAAUUUCUUUUCUAUUUUCCAGUGAAAAGUAACUUGGGGGUUCAAAGUGCUCCUGGAACACUUGUUCUUUUUUUUGAGUUGCUGUUUUGUGAGGCUCGUUUUUAGCUUUGAUGUCUUUGUGCUUGCUGGGUCUGUGCUGAGCUGUCCCUCUGCUCCAGGCCUGGGGUCACUGAUCCCUGCUCAGAGUUUCCUCCAGUUCUGUGCUCUUCAUUAGUGCCAGACUCGUCAGUGCUCUGUGCUUUUGUGAUCUGCAGCUGCUGAGCAGGGCUGCUGUUCCCCUCUCAGCUGUCUUGGCUUUGGGGCUUUCUCCUGACCCUUUAUCUCCACGGAGCUGCCUGCUGGGGGGAGCAGUUCUGCAGCCCCAGCUCUGGGGUUGUUCCUGGCGAGGGGCUGAGGGGACAAACACGGGUUUGUGUUUGUGCUGAGGAGGAGGAGGGGGAGCCAUCACUGCUGAUUUACCUGCAGGAGGCAGAGCCUUUCCUGCUCAUUCCCAGACGUUCUGGUUCCUGCCCAAGGCCAGGUUCAUUGUGCUCUGCAGGUGGGAGUUUAAUCAGGUUUUUGUGCUGCUUUAGCUGAGUCUUUCUAAGGCCUGAGGAUGGAGCCCAGUGCUCUGCAUUGAGACAGGGAGGAAUGCUCAGCACAAGGCUCCCUGCAGGAACUGGCACAGAGUGGUGGCUCAAGCUGAGGGAGAAGCAAUUCCCAGCCUGGCUGGAAGAGGGGAAAUGCUCCCUGCUCGACUGUCACCUCAUCCUCACAUGGGCCUGGGGGCUUCCUAGAGCAGCCCCCUGCACUUUCAGAGAGUUCAGAUGGGCUGGCCUUGAAAAAUUCAUGUUUUGGUGCUUGGAACAAGAGCUGCUGGUGGCAGGAAGGGACAGCAGUGGCAGGGAGCUGAAGUGGCUCAGCCCUGAGCUCAGGACUAAUUUUGGCUGUGACCUUGGGCAGCUCCUGGGCUGGGUGAGUUCCCUCCUUUGUGAAGGAGGAGAGCAGCUGGGACAGGAGGCAGAACAGCUUUGCAGAGCUUCAGAAAUGCAGCUUAAGAGCUCCAGCAUGAAACAUUCCAGGAGUGUUUUCCUUCCCUGAUGUCUAAAAAUGCCCGUGGGAUUUUAGCAGAGCCCUGGAAUGGAGGGUGAAGUGUCCCUGCUGCUGCAGGUGUUUGGGAUGGGGCAGCCAGGGAGGUCUGCCUGGAGUCACUGCACAGGAGGAGCAGGAAUCUGAUUGUCCCAAAGAUAAACCUUGUGCCAGGCUUUACCAGCUCCCAGUGGAGCUUUUUGGGGAGCCUGGGAGCCUCUCAGACAGUCCUGGGCUCUGGGUGAGAGUUGGGCAGUUUGGGACUUGGGUGUUACAUUUCAGGAACUGGAAAUGAAGCUGCUGCUCUGUGUUCUAAACCAGAAUUUCAGUGAUUUCUUUGGAGCCAGAACCACCUGCAGCUGUUGGAUAGCAGCAAAGGAGGCAAACAAGCAGCAUGUGAGGUGUCAGAAGUGUUUAGAGUUUGGCCACUGGACCUAUGAAUGUACAGGGAAGAGAAAAUACCUGCACAGGCCUUCAAGGACAGCUCAGCUGGCCAAAAUCCUUAAGGAGAAAGAAAAGCAGCUCCUGCUGCAACAGAGCACUGGAGAAAGUGCUGCAGAAAAGAAGACCAAGAAAAAAAGGUCCAAGAGUGUGACCAGUUCCAGCAGCAGCAGCAGUGACAGCUCAGCCAGCGACUCCUCCUCCGACAGCGAGGACUCCUCUUCCUCCUCCUCCUCCUCCUCGGACAGUGACAGUGAGGACAGCAACUCCUCCUCCUCCUCCUCCCCCUCCUCCAGCAGCUCUUCCUCCUCCUCCGACUUCGAGUCGGAUUCCAGCUCCUCCAGCAGCAGCAGCAGCAGCAGCACAGACAGCAGCUCUGAGGAUGAGCCCCCAAAGAAGAAGAAGAAGAAAUAGCUGGGGAGGUGCAGGACUGGUGUGGAGUGAGUGACACUGCCCUGCCAGGGCUGGAGCACACGGCUGCCAAGCACUCAGUGGUCAACAUUUCUACUGCUCCCAUUUCUUAGUGUUCUGCAUAGUUGUUCAUAGGACAUGGAAGGGAUUAAAUGGCACGUGAGACUUAAUGAGAGAGUAUUUUUGUGGUUUAUCCUUUUAUGGAAGAUUUUACUUUUUUAGCUCCCCCCCAAAAAAAAAAAUUCUAUCAUCAGAUUUGUUUAUAAGAGCUAAAGUCCAGUAGCAGCUAAACCUGGAUGUUUACAUGCUGGAAAGCAAAAGCUUUUUUUUUUUUUUUUUUUGUUGCAGAUUAUGCUGUGCAUCAUGUACUGUUCCUCUGUUAAUGACAGCUUCACUUCCAUUGAGAAAAAUCCUCUAAACUGUUAAAAGCAGAAGUUUUUCAGUGCUGCUGUGGAGCUGUGGCAUUGUUGAACCUGAAUGCACAACGUGUCCCACCCAGAUCCUCCCACCUCGCUGGUGACAGUCGGGUUCUGUGCUGCUGAGCUUGUGUUCCAGUGGCUUUUCCUGAUGCUUCCAGGUCCAGUCCUCAUGCAGCACCCAGCUGAGCUGUGUUGGUUUGUCCCUGCUCAGUGUCGUGCUUGUGCUGCCCUGUGUGCUUGGCUGUGUGUUGGAGGUGUUUGCUGAGACACAGGGCUGGUUUGGAGAGCAGCAGCUCGGUGAAUCGGGGCUGCUGCUGCUUCAGGAGUUUCAUCUUUGUGCCUUUUUUUUGUAAAUUCAGUGUACCCCAGAGACAAGGGCUGGAGUGGGUGUUCUGCAGGGCUCCAGCAGAAUAUUCCCAUCUGUUAAAUGGGCAGCAAAACCAGAGAAUUAAUUACAAACACGACUGGGCACUGCUCUCUCUGGAUGCUCAGUAAAAAGGAGACUCCCUGAAGUGAAGGUCUCAAAGGAAAGUGUUCCCCUCUGGAUGUGUUUCCCAAGGAAUGUGUGAAUGCAGGAUGGCCAGGCUGUGCUGAGUGGCAAUCUGCAGGAAUCCAGUCAUUCUUUAACUCCAGUCUGCAGGAAUCCAGUCAUUCUUUGACUCCAGUCUGCAGGAAUCCAGUCAGUCUUUGAUUGUGGAGAAGCAAGUGAGUGCAAACCCCACAAAAGCAGAUCCAAACUCGCUGCAGGACAGGGAUUGCUGGAUGCAGAGUGGGAAUUGUUUGGUUUUCUGGUGGAUUGAAGCAGUUGCUGUUAGUGUUCUAUUUGGUGAUGCAGUCUCCUGAAUUUCUUAUUGUUGGAGUGCCCUUUUGGGGAGGGGGCAUCACUUGUGGAAGAAUUCUCAAGUAUCUUGGUUUAGGUUAAAUACAGUUACUAAACUAUUUUUUAUAUUUUUAUGGAAAGAGUAGUGUGUAGACUUACUUUGGAAUAAACUGUACUUAUUUAAAUGUUUGAAAAUCCCCAUGUUGUGUGUCUGUCUGACCACUCCUGUGUUUUACAGAACACGCUGCAGGCUGUAAAUAAAACUACCAGAAAGGUG